AUGGCUUCCAGAGCGGCCGUUUCUGUAGUAUUUGUUUUGGUUUUGCUUAGUGUGAGCAGUGAAGGGCUUAGGCAGGGCGGUGCCCCGAACCACUGUGAUGUUUUGUGCCAACAAGAAGCGGACAGAGUGGUGGGGCUUCCGGGUCAGCCGCCGGUGGAGUUCAAGCACUAUGCGGGGUACGUGACGGUAAAUGAGAGUCAUGGCCGAGCCCUGUUUUAUUGGUUUUUCGAAGCAACGAGCAAGCCUGAGAAACACCCUCUCCUCCUCUGGCUCAACGGAGGUCCCGGAUGCUCAUCCGUUGCGUCGGAAGCGGAGGAGUUGGGGCCUUUCUUCCCUCAAAGAGAUGGAAAAACCCUAAAGCUUAACCCACAUAGAUGGAACAAAGCUGCCAACUUAUUGUUUGUUGAAGCUCCCGUUGGUGUUGGGUUUUCCUAUACCAAUACAAGCAGUGAUCUGGAUCAACUUGGUGAUAAUUUUACAGCUAAGGAUUCCUACGCUUUUCUCCUCAACUGGUUCAAAAGGUUCCCUCAGUUCAAGUCCCAUCACUUUUACAUUGCUGGUUAUAGCUACGCUGGUCACUUUGUUCCUCAGCUAGCUGAGGUCAUUUUUGACAACAACAAAUAUGUUCCUAAGUCGGAUUACAUCUAUCUAGAGGGAAUUAUGAUCGGGAAUGCAUUGAUGGACGAAGAAACAGAUCAAAGAGGGAUGGUGGAUUAUGCAUGGGAUCAUGCAGUGAUAUCCGAUAGGGUUUACAACAACAUCAAACUCGAAUGUAAUUUCAGCCGUCCAAAGCAAACUGAUGAUUGCAAGAAAGCCCUCGAAGCCUACUUUGAUGUCUACAACAUCAUCGAUAUGUACAGCUUAUAUACUCCCACCUGUGUUAGUAACUCCGGCACCGGCAAUAACCGACGAAGCCCCUCGAUUCAAGGCUUCUCCCUUCAGACGAUUUCCAAAUUCGAUGGACGACGUAAGAGACCGGAAGAUUACGAUUGUGCAUGGGACGACACUGAAGCUUAUUUCAAUAGGCCUGACGUUCAAAACGCACUUCAUGCCAACGUUACCAACAUGUCUUAUCCAUGGACUCAUUGCUGUGAAAUCGUGUCGGUUUGGGGAGAUCGACCAGCUUCUAUGCUUCCUACACUUAAGAAGCUCAUAGACGGAGGCAUCCAUUCUUGGAUUUACAGCGGAGAUGCCGACGGGAGAAUUCCGGUUACAUCAACUAGACUAACCUUAAAAAAACUAGGGUUGAAAACAAUGGAGGAAUGGACACCUUGGUACACCGAUUAUAAACAGGUGGGUGGGUGGACAAUUGAAUAUGAAGGGCUUACGUUUGUGACCAUUAGAGGAGCUGGUCAUCAAGUUCCUACUGAUAAACCAAGACAAGCUCUUCAACUAGUUAGGCAUUUCUUGGCCAAUAAGAAAUUGCCAUCUACACCAUUUUAGUCAUUUUUCUUGCUUUCA